CAUGUGAGUUCUGUAUCUUUCCGCAAUAAUGUUGUUAUCAAUCGGUCAUCCUCCUCGCUUGUUUUUUCACUCCUCGACGCUUGUGCUCGGACAAUCUUCGCAAAAACAGUUGUUUCUUGCUUCAUUCUGAGCAUUGAGAGAAUGGCGGUCGGUAUCGGUCAGUUUUUCGACAUGAUAAAGAGUUGGUUUUUUGCUUAAUUUUUUGCCACGCCUCAGUCACUGCAUGAAGGCAAUUUAUGCGCAGUUUUUUUCUUCGUUCGAUCUCGUGACUCCCUUUCGUUUCUUUCGACCCUGUGCUGUUGGAGCUAGCUCGUUGCACGCUGACGCACAUAAUCACAACUAACAAUUAUAAUACUAAUUUGUCGGAGAGGGAGAGCGACAUAAAAAACUCACUGCACCACCUCAUGCUAGGCACAUUCAUUCAUUCAUUCAACAAUAAGGGGGAGAACUUUUCUGUUAGUAUUUCCCGAAGAUGGACGAUUUUUUUUUUUGAAUUUUGUUUUGAUCACGUAAGAUAGGAAUUCGAAGAUAAGAAAGAAUCUCUAUUUUGUACUACUACGUUGGUUGUUCAGCUGUUGUUCAGCUUCACUUGCAUUUCUAAUGAGCAUUUUCUUUCGUUCCUAGAAGAAAAAGACACCAUCUAUCACGUUAGAUUUAGAGAGAAAAAAUUACAGCGUCGUCAAGAAAAUGUGGCUGCGCACCAUCGAAGUUGUAGGUUGGAAGACCUACAAACAGGGGAAGAACAGUGAAGAGUUGCAUCCAGGUCGCAACCUGAUCGUCGGCUACAACGGAUCCGGAAAAAGCAACGUUUUGGACGCGAUCUUGUUUGUUGUCAGUGACGCCGUAGUGGCUACAAAUGCGUCGACCCUGGUGCACGAAGGUGGCGCUGGAGGAGGUCUUCUUGCAGCGGGUCAACAUGGAGGUCAACAAGCGUACGUGGAGUUGGUGUUCGAUAACGCGGAAAGGAAAGCGCCAGUAGAGUCUGACACAGUUACGAUACGACGCGGAGUGCUGGAUCGGGCUUAUACGCUGAAUGGUAUCUUCUUGUUCCUCUAACACUACAUCUACUUAGCAUCAAGAACUAUAGGGUUAGUAGUACAUAACCUACCCAUUGUAGUAGUUUUAGGGGAACUAGCACUUUGUGUGCAACAUCAACUACAACGUCGAUAACGAGACGACUCUGACUCAACAACAUCGAUAACGAGCAGGUGACUUGUAGAUGAAGUAACUGUAAUAUUUUUCCUUCACAAGAAUUUGCUCAUUCUCACAACUGAACAAUAACAAACGAAAACUCUCUUCAGAGGGAACGACUUCUCUAAAUCGUACUUACAUACAGGUAAAAAGACUGAAAAGCAUGUAGUAUGGGACAUCUUGGAGGCUGGUGGAGUUGCUCCUGCGUCAGCUGGUUCCUCAGCUCCCUGGUGGGCCAUUCGUCAGGGUCAAAUUGCUGAACUAGCUUCGUUAUCCCAAAAAAGAAGGUUGCGUCUUCUGUUAUGGCUAGUGCAACAAGUUUUGGAAGAUACAACUAACACUAUAAGUGAGUGCAACUAAGAUACAGCUAAGACUAGAAAGUGAGUGCAACGAACUGUAACUAGGAUGAAUGAUCAUGAGACCAGACCGAGAGAGGCUGUAUCUGUACUAGAAGAAGUUCUUAUUUUAGCUUAAGGUCGUUCAUGUUCAUCUUGAUCUUCGUAGACGGGCUAGAAAGACUGAGUUCCUCUUCCUACUUCCUCUAAUCUCCCACGACCUGCUUGGUACCACAGCCUUCGAUGGGAAAAAAGCAGGUGCUGAAGUGGAAUUCCAGAAAGUUGAGACACAGAAAGAACGUGCACAGCAAAUGCUAGCAGACCUAGAUCAACGCAUCGCGGCUUUAGAUGUAGAAGCCGCUGAAUUGGCUGCGUUUCGUGCUCUGGAACGACGCAAGAAGGUCCUCGAAGUCGCUAUUUCACGAUUCGAGUUGCGCGACGCGACGAGUAGAAUUUAAGAAAUUUGAGCACUCAGUAGGGCUAGUUGGUGUAAAUAGUUUGUUGAUGAUAUUCGUGUUUUCUGCUGUACGUAGAAUAAGAAUACAUAGCAGGUAAACUUCAACGUUAGCUACGUCUCCAUGUGCAGCAUGGGAGUAAAAAUGAAUGUGAGCCACGAGGACAUGUGCGCCAUUACUUUGUUCUUCAAAAUUUUCACUCUGCUGUUUCCCCUCUUCUAACUCCCGGGCUGCCACGAAGCCGAAAAGAUGGCGUCAGAACUGCGUGCUCAGCAGUUGGAGACCAAGCUUUCUGCAGUGGCCGACCAAAAGAACAGCAUUUUUGAGGAAAGGCGAGAAUUGGAACAGCUUAUCACUCACCAAACCCUGGAACGGCAAGAAGUUGAAGGUCAAUUGGCAGCAGUGACGGGGGAAAUAGAACAAUUGUUGAUGAAACAUGCGCACCUGGGGAGUGGUGGACGUGCAGAUCUAGAUGGGGGUGAUCGUCGUGGUCGAGAAGAGAAGCUUCGUCUACACGAAUUGGAGUCAGCUUUGCAGAAGGAAGAAGGCACUUUAGCGGAUCAGGAGAAGAACCUUGCAGAUUUGGAUGUCGAGAGCACGCAGUUGCACGAGAAAAAGCUAGAUGCUGAGGUCCGCAAACAGAAGGCUAAAGCGGAAAUCGGCUGGCUCGAAGCCGAGGGUACUCGUAGAAAGGACGCUGCUGGGUUAUUGCAGGACACGAAGUCGAAGCGUCUUCCAGCUCUGCAAUCGCUGUGUGAAAAGCACAAGGACGACCUGAAAGCGAAGUCGCAAGAGGUCGAAACUUUAGUCGCAAGUAUCGAGACGGAAAGCAAAAGACGAGAUACGCUAAAUACCGAGUGGGAAGAGACUAAACGUGCCUGU